CAAUUGCAACGGUAAGUACAAAUGAUACCUUAAUGUCAUUAUGACGGGUGUGUUUCAGAUGUCUGUACUGUUGGGGUUUUGUACUGCUGGAUGUAGAUGUUCUUUUCUAUAUUCUCCAACAGAUUUGCAAGCGUUUGUUGUGAGCUCAGCCGUCCUGGUGGGGAUGUGGAUCGGUGGUGUGUUCCAGGCAUGUCUGAUCGUAGACAGGAUCUAUUCUCUCAUGUGUGCCUGCUACAUUGUCUCUCUCCUCAUGGCCACACUUUUACAUCUGCACAGGCGUCAAGAGCACCCAUCAAAUGAAGUUCACACUAAAACUGGACCCCUGCUUCAAGACUUUGCUCGAGGCAAGGAGAUUAACCCUCGAAUUGCUGCCAUUGACAAGAAACAGUUUUUCAUGGUCUGGAUUGGAUUUAUGGGAUGGGGUAUGGUUGUCUUAUGUUAUCUAUUGGCUGAGAUAGAAAGAGAUGGACGAGUGUCUCUGCCUAUGCUUCUUGUGGUGACCUUUCAACUUCUUUACAUAGUGGACUUCUUGGUAGACGAGGCCUCAGUUUUGCCAACCAAGGAAUUCACACAGGAGGGUAUUGGCUUCGUCAUGAUCCAAGGAGAAUACGUAUACAUUACCUUCUACUCCAGCACUCCUGCAUUCUUCCUGCUUCAUCGGCCUCUGCAAAUCAGUAUCCCCACUGCCAUUCUCAUUGGUCUUCUCUAUGGUGGGGGUUUGGUCAUUUAUUAUUUUUCCAAUGAUCAAAAGGAUCGUUUUCGGAAAGACCCCAGUGAUCCUGCUUUUGCCAGUCUGAAGACCAUCGCGAGUCCCACUGGACAGAACCUGUUAGUGUCCGGCUGGUUUGGAUUGGUUCGCCACCCAAACUAUCUUGGUGAUAUUAUGAUGAGUUGGGCUUGGACUCUUCCCUGUGGUAAGACUUCUGAAGGGGAAUAUGGGUUACUCUUCAGUUUCUCUUAGACUGACAUUUUUUGUGACAAUGUUUUUGGUAAAAGCUUUGUUCCUUUUUUCAGACCAGUAUGAAAGAAUUUCUACUUUCUAAUAAGCCAAUGAAUGGGCAUCCAAAGCAUUAUUCUAUUCUGUUAUUCUACUUCCAUUCUUUAAAAUGAGUUAUUCUAUUUGAAAUAAGUAAUGAGCCAUGGAAGAAAAUAAACAUACAUUAAUACAAAUGAUGAACAUGGUACACACCACAUUUUUUUGGAGAGCUUUUUCCCUAUCUACAGGCAACACCAAGGCCAUUGCCACUGUCCUUUUUUCCCAUGCCAUGUUGAAAUC